AUGGCGGCCGCGGCCAGGCAACUGCUGGCGGCGCUGCGGGAGGAGGAGCCGCGGGCUGUGGAGGAGCUGCUGCGCCUCGGGGCGGACCCCAGCCUGGUGCUGGAGGAUGGCGCGGCGGCCGUGCACCUGGCGGCCCGAGCGCGCCACCCGCGCGCCCUGCAUUGUCUCCGCAUGCUGCUGCGCCGGGGCGCGGACCCCAAUGCUCGGUCCGCAGAGGCGCUGACGCCCGUGCACGUGGCCGCCGCGUGGGGCUGUCACGGAGCCCUGGAGCUGCUGCUGAGCCGCGGGGGCGACCCCACGCUGAGAGACCAGGACGGGCUCAGGCCCCUGGACUGGGCGCUGCGGCAGGGACAUCACAAAUGCGCACGCGUGCUGCGGGACCUGGACACGCCCACCCGAACCCCGGAGGAGACCCCGAAGCCCGCCAGACGUGUCUUUGCGGCAUCUCCUGGCAUGUCUACACCUCCGGGUGUGCAGCACAGGCGCAGAGCUGAGCCGGCAGCUGCUGGGAAGGUGGUGGUGGAGGAACCCCGGAGCCCCGAGGCUACCGGGAGCACGGACUGCAGCAGCGGCUCCUCCGAAGGAGGCUUCGUCACCGCGUUGGAGGACUCUCUGCAGCCCCGGCACCCUGCGGGGACACCCGGGCCUGCGGGCAGCCCAUGGCUGUCCUGUGGGGCCGAGGUGGCUGGGGACAGGGUACUAAGCUGCCAGCUGCAGGCCCUGAAGUUGACCCCAGAGGCCACCAGUGUCCCCUCCCUGCCUGGUGCUGGGGAUCCGGGGGCCUCUCACCCACAAGGCCCGGUGCCUCCCCUGUCUGACCUGCAGCUGCUCCAGGCCCUGCGGGCGCUGGGCUACAGUCCUGGCCCGGUCACACCUUUUACCCGAAGACACUACCUGCGGCGGCUGCAGGAAGCCCAGGCUAGCCCGGGUGGGUCCCUUGGGCACAGUCCAGAACUGGCCGAGGCGCUGAGGACAGGCCACAUCCCUGACUGCCAGGCGGAUGAGGCGGCCCUGGCUCGGCACUUCCAGCAUCCGGAUCCUGCAAAGAGGUGGCGGGAAGGUGCAACAAAGUCCAGCUUUACGUAUCUUCUUCUCGACCCCAGGCAGACGCAGGGCCUGCCCGCCCGAGCUUCCUCCCUCACUCUGACGGAGUGUCUGCAAUGUUUCGUGCAAGCCAUCUUCUAUGUGGGCAAGGGGACCCGUGCCCGACCAGAUGCCCACCUCUGGGAAGCCCUUGGCUACCGUGAGCGGCCAGGGAAAAAGGCCUGCCCCAAGGUACGCCGGAUCUUAGAUAUCUGGGACAGCGGCCGCGGAGUCAUCUCCCUACACUGCUUCCAGCAUGUGGUGGCCGUGGAGGCGUACACGCGAGAGGCCUGUCUGUUGGAUGCACUAGGGAUCCAGACACUGACCAACCAGAAACAGGGGCACUACUAUGGAGAGGUUGCCUAUUGGCCACCCACGCAACGGCGGCGUUUGGGGGUGCACCUGCUACAUCGCGCUCUGCUAGUGUUCUUGGCUGAGGGGGAGCGAGAGCUGAGGCCCCAGGACAUCCAGGCCCGAGGCUAA